AUGGAAGGGCAGACCAGACGGAGCAGAGGCCUUCCGGAGAAGCCCCCCCCUGCUACCACCCAUCCCCCUCUGUCUUCACUGGGCGCCCUGUUCAUCCUCCUGAAGUCCACACUGGGAGCCGGCCUGCUCAACUUCCCCUGGGCCUUCUACAAGGCAGGAGGCCUGGUGCCCACCUUCCUGGUGGCACUGGUAUCCUUGGUCUUCCUGAUCAGCGGUCUGGUCAUCCUGGGCUAUGCAGCAUCUGUCAGUGGCCAGACCACCUACCAGGGUGUGGUCCGUGAGUUAUGUGGCCCCGCCAUGGGGAAGCUGUGUGAGGCUUGCUUCCUGACCAACCUGCUCAUGAUCUCCGUAGCCUUCCUCAGAGUGAUCGGGGACCAACUGGAAAAGUUGUGUGACUCCCUCCUGCCUGACACCCCACAGCCCUGGUACGCAGCCCAAAGCUUCACCCUGCCCCUGAUCUCCGUGCUGGUCAUCUUCCCCCUGUCAGCACUUCGGGAAAUCGCCCUCCAGAAGUACACCAGCAUCCUAGGUACUCUGGCUGCCUGCUACCUUGCUCUGGUCAUCACUGUGCAGUACUACUUAUGGCCCCAGGGCCUUAUACAACAGCCCGGUCCUUUGCUGAGCCCGUCUCCCUGGACCUCUGUGUUUAGCGUCUUCCCUACCAUCUGCUUUGGAUUCCAGUGUCAUGAGGCCGCAGUCUCCAUCUACUGCAGCAUGCAGAACCAGAGCCUCCCCCACUGGACCUUGGUUUCUGUGUUGUCCUUAAUGGCCUGCUGCCUUGUCUACAUGCUGACAGGGGUUUAUGGCUUCCUGACCUUCGGGACGGAAGUUUCUGCUGAUAUCUUAAUGUCCUACCCAGGCAAUGACACAGCCAUCAUUGUAGCUCGGGUUCUCUUUGCUGUCUCCAUUGUGACCGUCUACCCCAUCGUGCUGUUCCUGGGGAGGUCUGUGAUGCAGGACUUUUGGAAAAAGAGCUACUGGGCCACACAGGGGUCCCCAGUGCUGGCUGACCCCUCGGGGCCUUGGGUUCGGCUGCCACUGACCUUCCUGUGGGUGGCAGUGACACUCGCCAUGGCUCUGUUCCUACCGGACCUCAGCGAGAUCAUUGGCGUCAUAGGUGGCCUCAGCUCCUUCUUUAUCUUCAUCUUCCCAGGUUUGUGCCUUAUCUGUGCUGUGGACAUGGAGCCUAUAGGACCAAGAGUCAAGUGCUGCCUGGAGGCCUGGGGAACCCUCUCGGUGCUGCUGGGCACCUUCGUCUUUGGGCAGAGCACAGCUGGGGCCUUGGUGGAGCUGCUCUGACGUGGACUGACACAGUCACUCCUGCGUCUGGCCUGAAGACCCUGCUGCCCUGUGGACUAAGCUCUGCUCCUCCUGUGGCUCACUGGACCCUGGUGAGGAAGGACUGCGGUGACAAGUUGCUGUCACGUGGUGACUCAGGACAGUAGAAGCCCAUGCUGCUGAAAGCUAGAGUGGGAG